AUGUUGGAUUACCUGCUCCCUUUCAUGCGACUGGAUCAUCACCCGGAAUUUGUUCGAGUUCGGAUCAGAACGAGGUUUUUCCCGAUUCUGACAGUAAUUACCGCCGUUCUGGCCUUCUUUACUGGCUAUGGAUUAGCUGUGGGACAAGGGAGGACUCAAUGGAAUUUGCCUUAUAUUAGGUAAGUCAUCAUGGAUAGCAUAAAUCGAUUUUUUUCUUUGAAUUCCAGUGAUGGUGGAACCUUUCCUCCGGAAUCUUGUAUCUUCGGGAUUCUUCUGUCAAUGUCUGGAUUCUUUUGUAAGCGUUGGCUGUGUUAUCAAUCGCAAUUAACCAAUAAUUAUACAGUGGGGGGACCUGAUCCAGUGGCAAAAAAACGUACCAUUUUGUAUCCGGGAAGUAUCAGAAAUGUGGCAAAAUGCUUCCCUUUCAAAGUGAAAAAACUUCGUUUUGAAGGGCUCAGGUCCCCACUGUAUUUUUUAGGCCCUUCUUUGCUUUCAUUGAUACUUUUCUCUCAAAUUUCUAAAGCAAUCCUAUCCAUAAAUAAAAUUCAAAGCAUUUCAGGGAUCUGCACGGUAUUCGCCAUGCACAUCCGAUUGAAUACCCAUCUCAGAACGACAAAUAAUGACGAACUUCCAUUCUACUAUAAGAUAAUUUUCCUGUUCAUGAUGUCAAUUGGUCUAACUUCUGGAGUUGGAGUGCUUCUAGUUGCUUGUGUCCAAGUGAGCUGCUCUCCUGACCCUUCAUCUAUAUUUUUUACAUUGAAAAUUAUAUUACUUGAUGUUUCUAGGAGACCAAUGUCAAUGUUUUCCAUUUGAUCGGCGCUAUGAUGGCAUUCUGCUGCGGACUCUUCUACCUAUGGGUUCUGCUGUUCUUGACAUUGAUUGUCAAGCCGUCUUUCUCUUCAGUACGAAUAAUGAUAAUCAGAGGGCUUAUAAUUUUCAUCGCUUCUUGCGCCUUUCUUCUGGCUGUCACUAAUAAUCUCCCUGGAAGUUACAACCAGUCUCUCUACAACGCAACGCUCACACCGGGGAGGGGCCAUAUUGUGCAGGUUCCUUGGGAUUCGGAGGUAAGGACAUUAAGCGUAACAUAAUGACGUCAAAAAAAGCACAACAAGCUCUUUUUUGACAUCAUUAUAUUACACAUGACCCAUCCUAACCAAAAUAUAUUUUUAGCUGCACGGAUGGCAUCUCAUGAAUACCUACUGCGAAUGGGUGAUCGCUCUCUCGUUUGUGACACUCAUUUUGACCAUGACUUUCGAGCUAGGGCCCUAUGAACUCCACUCUCAUCGACUUAUGAAGAUGGCCAACUCUGGCUCUCUGCCAACUCAAGAACCUCCUCAGCCCACGGGGGUGCUCGUAAAUGAUGGAACACAAACUACAUCAGCGCCGGAGCUUAUGAAUCAACCAAAUGGUCAAAAUUUGGCUGGUCAGAGUGCUUUAGAACAAGGACAACAGCCAGUUCAGACCCCAGGUCAAGGCCAACCUCAAUUACAACGUCAGCCAUUGAUCAAUGCGGGUGUGCAGACCGAAUUUGUGGCUCCAAAAUCAGAAAAUGAUCUCCAGCAAGCGUCGGGCACACCAAUUUUACCUGCUGCAUCUACUCCAAUACCAAUCCAAAAUGCAAAUGACCAAAACUUAGGAGUCCGACCACCAAUUCGGCCUGGAGAAAAGGACGAACCGAGUCAACCUGAAGCAAACAACAGCCAAGGAUUCCGUACAACACCAGUUCUCGCCGGAAGUGCUCCAGUGACCCCAGCGAAGACUCCAAAAAUGGGGACAGCCAAAACUCCAGAACCAACCAGCAAUCGAGUGCAACGAAGGAGAAAGGAUUCGAAAAAGUCGAACAGAGAAGAAUAUAUCCAGCCAUCGAAGGGAAGAGUGAUUUACAUGGACACGGCCACCAACACUCCACGUGAUGUGGCCGUUCAGACAACUCCGGACGCCAGUUCGCGGAAGAGGAAAGACUAA